UAUAAAUAUAAUAAAUUAUAAAUUAACGUCCAAUCGAUGUUAAGUGGCGUGAUUUCAAACAGCAAGAAAUGUGUAAAAAACGCUUCAGGUAAAAUAACAUGGAUUUGCAUUCUCUCUCUCUCUCUCCCUCUCCCUCUUCCUCUCCGUACGCGAGGAAUCGAAAAUUUAACUCGACGAAAUGAUACCGGUUUCUGUCCCCCUCACCCAAUCGAAAAGCGACGAAAAAGGAAGGUGUCUUCGCGACAAAAGCUACCGGGCUACCUGAGGCACCCGUUUUUGUAUAAAUCACUCGUCGAAAACGCGCUUGGCCGUGCGCGCGCGCACGCCCACGUGCGAGAGAGAAAGAGAGAGAGAGAGAGAGACUCGCUCGAACUUACGACGUCGUUCUUUAUAAUCGUCGUCGAUGAUGAAUCGGUCGAGUCGCAAGCCCGACGACGACGAUAACAACGAAUAUAUCUCUCGGACCGCUCCGUACAGACCAGCAUUCCAGAGAAAUUCGUGUAUCUCCCUCCGUGCACUCCUCGAGCGAGCGACCGCAUUUACGCGCCGGCUCUCGCCCUGGAGCACGACGAGAAAAUGAAAUCGUCGGCAACACCUGUCGAAAUUCUCGACGAUUAGCGGUUUGACGCGUUUUCCCACGUCAAUGGAGAAUAUCGGGCGAGAUCCGCGCGCUUUCGACACGAUUUCAUACGUGCGAGGUAUAACGAGAUAUAACUCGAAGAUUAUGACCUUAAUGCUCUUUUCGAUCCGAAACCUUCGAUCAUUUCAAAAGGAAAUCCAAGUCUUUGGACAAUUCGAGUAUGUCAGGUUCCCUAUGUUCUCUCUCUCUCUCUCUCUCUUUCUGCCGCGCGAUUCCGGGGAUUCACGGAACUGUCUCUCAUACAGAAGAAGUAUUUUUCGCGUAUCGAUUUGAUUCAAGUUUACAACUUACGACUAGUCGAGCGGAUAGACGAAAGGACGAGGAGACCGAGGGAGACGCGGCCGUUAUCGCUACGAAACGUCGGUGGAGGAGUAGCGUUUACGGCCCGGUCAGCAGCCGGGGACCAAUGGCGAUGGAAGAGGAAAGAAGGCUAGUAGGGAGAGAGAAAAAGAGAGAGAGAGAGAGAGAGAGAAUGGAAAAGAGAGCACGAGAGAAUUAUCUGUCGUAUUUUCUUUCAUACGUCGCGCACCGUGCGAAGCGGUUAAGCAAAGGUCAAAAGUUGAGCAAUCGGUCCACUCUUAUCGGUGCAAACACCGCCUGCCGUCGUGUGCAACGCGACGCGAUGGACGACGAAGGAGGACAGAGCGAAGGAGAAAAAGCGAGAGAAAGAGGGAGAGGGAGGUUGAUGAAUCUUCCGCUUGUAGUGUCUGCUGAAACUCGGUCCCCGCGCUUUUCGUCCUCCUUCGGCCAGACCUCACGCUCGCGCCUCGAGACUUCCGCGAUAAUCGGAUAAGCGAUUAAAACGAGGUAAACAUCGACGCGGGGGGACCAGGGGUCGGGUGAGCGUCCACGGCGAGGGAGAGAAAGAGAGAGAGAGAAAAGUGCUCCGUUGGUAGGUAGGUAGGUUCACGAGAUGAAGAAGAGAAAGGGGGACGAGGGAACGAGAAUACGCACAGUGGGGUGUGAUGGGGGAGCGAGGAGCGACUUCAGGCCGUAAGAAAAAGAAGACGAGCUACGCGUAACGUACGACGGGGAGUCGUGCCUGCCGAAGGCGCGCGGCGCCACGGUACCCCCGACGCGACGUUGCGACUAUAAGUAAGUCUCGCGCGGCGCGCCGCGGCUUAAUGCCGUUGCCGCGUCCGUGGCGCCAAGAGGAAGGCCCAUUAACGACGAUAAGCCCCUUUCGCGCCCGAUACGUACAAGAAGAGUAGAGAGAGAGAGGGGGAGGCGGUGAACUUAUAUUCCGUAGGAUGGUGUGGAUCAGCAACAGUGCAGAUAACACGUGGCUGUCAGUCGCUGGCCGAGCGCGCGCGCUUCUCCGCCGCCGUGUCAGUUCCCGCCAGUGAUCAGUGUGUGUCGGUCUAUAAUUCGGCGGCGCAUUAUGCGACAUCGCAUCGUCGCGUAGUCGCGGAGAUUUCGGCGGCGUAACGAGGAGGAAGUGUGGUGGAGGGUGCGCGCGAACCCCCUAGUGCCGGCCGUCGCGAUAACACACCCGAUAAUCGCGUGGAUCGCUCUCUCCGAGCGGUUACCCCGGCGUCGAAUGACGGCUAUGUCCGGUGUAGUCUACACUCUGCUGAGCCUCACGGCCAGCCUCCACUGCAGCGUGCGCCCCGACAUCAACCCGUGCACCUGCCGGCAGGAGGAGUAUGCCAGUCCCGUUAUCAACUCGGUGCAGCCGAUCGCCGCGACCGCCAACGCGAACAACAAUGCCGCGAUCGGAGGUAGCGGCGGCGGCGGAAGUGCCAGCCACCACCGGGAACGUAUCGAGGUGUGGUGCGAGAGGAUGAAGUCGUUCAACAGUGUGUCCGUGGCGCUAAAGAGCAAGUUCACCUCCGAGCAGCAGAUCACCCUGCGGCUGACGCACUCGAGUCUGCGGGAUAUAUCGCAGCACGACUUCAAGGAGCUCAACAUGUCCAUCACCCGGCUGUACCUGAACCACGACAAUCUGGGGCUCGUGGACGGCGACGUUUUCGCCGGUAUGGAUCGGACGCAGUACCUGAGCCUCGCGGACAACGAGGUACCGUCGAUACCGAGGCACAUCUUAUCGCACAUGUCACUCCUGAGGACCCUGGAUCUCAGCAGGAACCGGAUCAGCCGCAUCGAUUCGGACGACUUCAAGUACAACCCGAUGCUGCAGCAUUUGUCUAUGGCGGGGAACGCGAUCACCGAGAUGGCCCCGGGCUCGUUGCCGCCGCUGGUGAAGCACUUGCACGUCGGCAGAAAUCAUCUGAACAGCCUGAAUCGCACUCUGAGAGAUCUGAAUCAACUCGAGUGGUUGUUCAUUAAUUCUAACGAGCUCACGUCACUCGACGGCGAGCUACCGUCCUCCGGGCACAAUCUCAAGAUGCUUUACGCCGUGGAUAACAAGUUGACGCAUCUGCCGGCCGAGUUCCGUUACCUCCAUCGUCUGGAGAGCCUCUUCCUCCAGCACAACAAGAUUCGAAAUCUCGACGGCACUCUGCAGAAGGCGAGGCGCCUCAAGUUCUUGGAGCUCUCGUACAACGAGCUGCAAGAGUUGAACGCGGACGAUUUCAUAGAAGCCGAGAUGUUGGAGGACCUCGAGCUCGGGCACAACUCCCUGAAGUCGCUCGGCGGCGCGGACGGCGACGGGAACGGCAGCAGCGCCCUUUACCCCCUCAGGUCGCUCAAGUGCCUGAACCUGACGCAUAACGAGCUACGCGAGUUCUCCCUGACGUCCCUGCGCGGUCUGCGCGAGCUCAGGAUGUUCGACCUGUCGAACAACCGGAUCGCCAGACUGCACAGGGGUAGGCUCUCCUCGGAGGUAGGUACCUUGCUCAUUGGAGGAAGAGGCGCCGGACGAACGCUCGUCUCUUCUCUGUCGCAGAAUCUCGUGGAAGAGGAGGGCGAGGAGAUCGCAGGCGGCAACAUCCAGGACAUGUGCCUGCAGCAUAACGAGCUGCGCAGCUUGGACGGCUCGGUGUUCCUCGGCAUGAAGGAACUGCAGAGGCUCAACCUCAGCCACAACGCGCUCGGCCCCACGAUCGGACCCCGCGAUCUCCACGGGCUCGACGGACUGCGCGUGCUCGAUAUCUCGCACAAUCAACUCACCACGCUUGAGGACACCUCGGAGACGUGGCUGCCAUCCUUGGAGGAGCUGAAUGCGUCGCACAAUCGCUUGGUCACGUUAUCCGGCCGCGACUUUCGUGGUUUCCCGGUGCUCUGUUGGGCCGACGUCAGCAUGAAUCAGAUACGCACCCUCAUGCCGGAGCUGGUGGCCAAUACGCGGUGCACGAUUCACGGGGUCUCCGACGUGCUACGUAUAUACCUUCAAGAUAAUCCCGUGCUGUGCGACGCCGGCCUGGCCGAUCUGACCGUCGCGCUCGAAGUAAAUCACGCCAAGGUUUAUGGGGUCGGCAACGAUUGCCCAACCACGACGACGUCGGCGCCGAUGGUCGAGCUGACGUCGGCGAUGCCGCCGGCGCCGUUGCCGCCGACGCUGCUGUUGGCCGCGGCCGCAUCUGGCGGCAACGUGUCCUUCGCCGCCACCCUCGAGUAGGGGGUCGCGCGUCGCGACCCCCCCGGUGGUGGUCGCGCGCGGAAUCAGAGAGAAGGAAGCAGCGGAAGUAGAACGGACGCGAGGUUGGAACCUCUCCAGGGAAGCUUGCGGGGCUCGUUCGUCCGUCCGCUCUCGCGCGAGGAUACGGCGGGGGGAAAUGGUUGUCGAAAGAAGAAUAUCCACCAAAGUGCGAGCGCGACACGUCGUCUCUCCAGCGACACCCACGCUAGUAUCGUAUCGCGUGUAUAUCGUGCGUGAAUGUACCAAGGGCUCGAUACUCCGCGCAUUGUAGCGAACUCGGGAGUUCCGCUCGCGUUCGGCGAGGCCCUUGCGCGCUUCUUUAUACAUUGUAAAUAGUCUCUAUCAGCGGAAAGUCCCAUUCUCGCGCAUAGGCUGGUUAAGCCGUCUUUGAUUUAGCGUUCUUUCUCGUCACACGCGCGUAUAAACAGUGGAUCGCGCGAAACGUCGCUUGAAUUCACGAGCGUGUCGACGAAUUCCUCGGAUUUCCCGGCGGUCGCGUGCGGAGGAGAGAGAUGUUUCAUCGUGUGCGAAUAAUUCGCCGAGCGGGGAUUUCGAUCGAAUUCCUCCGUGCGGUCCGUGUGUAUAUGUAAAUUGAUUCCCCGGCGGGUCAAUGGAGCAAAUGAAAUCUGUUAACUUAUGCCAUGUGGCACGGGCAGAUUGGCAGUGGGCGAUCAAUUGACUCCUCCGUUAACUCGUGCCAAUAGGGACGAAUUGUUAUCAGCGUGCCUCCGCGCAUACAUAAUAGAUCGGCCCGUUUCUGUGCGCGAGCGAGAAGACCCGUGCAGGUGUGAACGCGCGAUGAUUAUAUUCGCGGGAAGAGGCGGCGUGCGCGCGCGAGAAAGAGACGUCGCUCUCCACGAAUUGAGGAUCCCGUAACGUUAUUAAUCCGCACUAACCGCUGAUCGUCGAUCUAUAAAAUCCACGGGGUCGCGAAGUAACUUCUUCCGCCCGGUUCUCGUUAACGCUAGAACCGCGGCUGGGUCAUUUCCGACCUAUUUGUACAUUCCUUUCUCCCAAUUUCUUUGAAUUUCCACCAUUGGGAAGCUUUCUUCAUCGUAAGACGAUUAAACGAAGUUGGAGAAAGUCCACGAAUAAUUAUGAAAAAAAAAAAGAGAGAUGGGUCAAAAGAGUGACCUAUCCGUGGUUCCAGGAGGGAAGGAAUUGCCGCGGUUCUGGUGUUAAACGUACACAUAUUGCAGAAAGGCAGCCAAUAGUACGACUGCUAGCUUAAUUAGCUAGAACUCAGAAUCAAAAUAAUUUAUCUGUUAAGUAUUUUAACAAUGGAGGGGAAAGCCCUGCGUCGUGGACAUCGCGAAAGCCGCGGAGGAAGUAUUACGAUGAUACUGGCGAACGGCGCGAGUAUCCGCUCGCAUUACGGAACACAUACACAUCGCCGAAGACGAUCGAAAACGUCAGUUAGAAAAUUUCACACGUCGUGUUGGUCUUACUUGUAAGUGAAUCUCUCGCGAUGUCUGCUAGCGCUAUUACGUAUGAUAGGUACCAUUUAUACAUAUGUAUAUGUAUAUAUAUAUAUAUAUAUAUAUAUAUAUAUAUAUAUACUUAUAAAAAGACAAAGCAGAGACCUGUUUAUAAUUUUAGCAUCUAAGUUAUUUAUCCGCACUGUGAUUCGCAAAUUGGUCCCCUCUUCUCCGGUUAUCUUUACGUCGGACAAUCGCAAACGACUCUUGUAACGGAAACGACACAGAUUAGAGGAAAAAAAAGUGAAAAGGAAGAAAAAAAAAUAUAUAUAUAUAUCGUUGUAUCAACGGAACAACGAACAGCACGAUCGAGUGAAACCGUUGCCGAUAUUUAGACAACGACGUGUGUGUGGUAUGUUACAUAUCUUAUAUGUAUAACUUUUACUGUAGCAUAGACGUCUUAACUUUUAUUAAUAAAGACUACUCUCGCAA